AUGAAGGUGCUCGGUUUAGAGACACAAAACAUUUCUGCGCUACUAAAAGUAGUCAUUCUUGGGCUCAUUGCAGCAGUGGCACUAGCUAGUCGUUUAUUUAGUAUUAUUCGUUUUGAAAGUGUUAUUCACGAAUUUGAUCCUUGGUUUAAUUAUCGUACAACUCGUUUUCUGGUAGCAAAUGGUUUCUAUGAAUUUUGGAACUGGUUUGACGAGCGAUCCUGGUAUCCAUUAGGUCGCGUUGUCGGCGGAACAGUUUAUCCUGGAUUGAUGGUAACUUCCGCCACUAUAUAUAACAUUCUACACGCUCUCAACUUUACAGUUGAUAUACGCAAUAUUUGCGUAUUAUUGGCUCCUCUUUUCUCAGGCUUCACUUCGGUGGCUGCAUAUCUUUUAACUUCAGAAAUAAAAGAUUCUUCAGCUGGUCUUUUGGCUGCUGCCUUUAUUGGAGUAGCACCGGGUUAUAUAUCUCGAUCAGUAGCUGGUUCAUAUGAUAACGAAGGAAUUGCUAUAUUUUUGCUUAUGUUCACAUUUUAUUUGUGGAUAAAAGCUCUUAAAGAAGGUUCAGCAUAUUGGGGAGCUUUAACUGCAUUAUUUUAUUUUUAUAUGGUAGCUGCUUGGGGUGGAUAUGUAUUUAUUAUCAAUCUUAUUCCACUUCACGCGUUUACUCUUAUUUUGAUGGGUCGAUUUUCAACUAGACUUUAUGUUGCUUAUUCUUCAUUUUAUAUUCUUGGUACUCUUAUGUCUAUGCAAAUUCCUUUUGUUGGGUUUCAACCAACAAGAACAAGUGAACAUAUGGCUGCUUUAGGAAUAUUUGGAUUAAUUCAAAUAAUAGCUUUUGUUGAAUUUGCAAGGAGUUAUAUUUCAUCAAAUCAAGCUCAAAUUCUUUUCAAAAGUUUUGUUGUUAUUUCUUUUGUUGGAAUGCUUUCAGGAUUAGUAUUAUUGACUUUGGGUGGAUAUAUUGCACCUUGGACAGGACGUUUCUAUUCUUUAUGGGAUACUGGAUAUGCAAAAAAAUUUAUUCCUAUAAUUGCAUCAGUAUCUGAACAUCAACCAACGGCAUGGCCUUCCUUUUUCUUUGAUCUUGAAAUGUUAAUAUUCCUUUUUCCUGCGGGCAUUUACCUUUGUUUCAAAGAACUUCAUGAUGGUCAUGUGUUUCUUAUUUUGUAUGGGAUAACAGCAUCAUAUUUUGCUGGUGUUAUGGUUCGUUUAAUGUUAGCUUUAACACCAGUUGUUUGUGUAACUUCAGCUAUUGCUAUUUCUAGAUUAUUUGAUAUAUAUCUUAAAUUAGAUCCUGAAGACAGUGAUAAUAAUUCAGUAAAAAGCAAUAAAUCAGUAAUAGACAAACCAUCUAGAAAGGGAGAUAGUUCUCGUUCAACAUCAUCACCAUCAACAAACAAAUCAUCUGAAAAAAAGAAAAAAUCAGAACAUUUUCGUAUACUUGGAUUUGAUACUCGAAUAUUAGUUAUUUCGAAUUUCUUUAUUUUCUUGACUAUAUUUAUUUGGCAUUGUACAUGGGUAACAUCCAAUGCUUAUUCAUCACCUUCAAUUGUUUUGGCAUCUAGACAAGCUGAUGGUUCACAAUACAUUAUUGAUGAUUUCCGUGAAGCUUAUUAUUGGCUUCGGAAAAAUACUGAUUAUUCUUCAAAGGUUAUGUCCUGGUGGGAUUAUGGUUAUCAAAUUGCUGGUAUGGCUGAUCGUACAGUUUUGGUAGAUAAUAAUACCUGGAAUAAUACUCAUAUUGCUACAGUUGGUAAAGCCAUGUCAUCUCCAGAAGAUGUGGCUUAUAAAAUAAUGCGUCGACAUGAUGUAGAUUAUGUACUUGUCAUUUUUGGUGGAUUAUUGGGAUAUUCUGGAGACGAUAUUAAUAAAUUCUUGUGGAUGAUUCGUAUCGCUGAAGGGGUUUAUCCUAAUGAAGUGAAAGAAGUUAAUUUCUUUACACCACGUGGUGAAUACAGAGUUGAUGAUGAAGCUACACCUACAAUGCGUAACAGUUUAAUGUAUAAAAUGAGUUAUCAUAAUUAUAAUGAACUUUUUGGUGGUCAAGGUCAAGAUAGAGUUCGUGGUGCUCGAUUACCAAUAGGCAAAAUAAAAUUAGAUACUGUUGAAGAAGCUUACACAACUGAAAAUUGGAUCGUAAGAAUAUAUAAAGUAAAAAAAUUAGAUAACAUUGGACGAAGUCUUGAACAAGCUGGAGAAUUUGAAUCGGGUAAAAAAAGACGUAAGCGUGUUAAAAGGACUAAUUAA